AUGCCAGGUCAAACUGCAAGGUACCAAGAUGCCAGGUCACACUGCAAGGUACCAGGUCACCCUGCAAUUGGGACCCAGGUCACACUGCAAGGUACCAAGAUGGCAGGUCACACUGCAAGGUACCAAGAUGCCAGGUCACACUGUAAGGUACCAGGUCACCCUGCAAUUGGGACCCAGGUCACCCUGCAAUUGGGACCCAAGUCACACUGCAAGGUACCAAGAUGCCAGGUCGUACUGCAAGAUACCAAGAUGCCAGGUCACACUGCAAGGUACCAGGUCACCCUGCAAUUGGGACCCAGGUCACCCUGCAAUUGGGACCCAGGUCACACUGCAAGGUACCAAGAUGCCAGGUCGUACUGCAAGAUACCAAGAUGCCAGGUCACACUGCAAGGUACCAGGUCACCCUGCAAUUGGGACCCAGGUCACACUGCAAGGUACCAUGAUGCCAGGUCACACUGCAAGGUACCAGGUCACCCUGCAAUUGGGACCCAGGUCACACUGCAAGGUACCAAGAUGCCAGGUCACACUGCAAGGUACCAGGUCACCCUGCGAUUGGGACCCAGGUCACACUGCAAGGUACCAAGAUGCCAGGUCACACUGCAAGGUACCAAGAUGCCAGGUCACACUGUAAGGUACCAGGUCACCCUGCAAUUGGGACCCAGGUCACCCUGCAAUUGGGACCCAAGUCACACUGCAAGGUACCAAGAUGCCAGGUCGUACUGCAAGAUACCAAGAUGCCAGGUCACACUGCAAGGCUACGGCCACGCGGCGCCAGGCACGGACGCGGGCAAGGCCUUCUGCAUGUUCUACGCCGUGCUGGGCAUCCCCCUGACCCUGGUCAUGUUCCAGAGCCUGGGCGAGCGCAUGAACACCUUCGUCAAGUCCCUGCUGAAGCGCAUCAAGAAGUGCUGCGGCAUGAGCGCCACCGACGUCUCCAUGGAGAACAUGGUGACCGUGGGCUUCUUCUCCUGCGUGGGCACGCUGUGCAUCGGCGCCGCCGCCUUCUCGCACUACGAGGACUGGAGCUUCUUCCAGUCGUACUACUACUGCUUCAUCACGCUGACCACCAUCGGCUUCGGGGACUUUGUGGCGCUGCAGAAGAACCGGGCGCUCCAGAAGAAGCCGCUCUACGUGGCCUUCAGCUUCAUGUACAUCCUGGUGGGCCUCACCGUCAUCGGCGCCUUCCUCAACCUGGUGGUGCUGCGCUUCUUGACCAUGAACAGCGAGGACGAGCGGCGCGACGCCGAGGAGCGAGCCUCGCUGGCCGGGAACCGGAGCAGCACGAUGGUCCGCGUCCAGGACGAGUCUCUGCAGCGAGGGCGGCGGCGGCGCCAGCCUCGCCGCCAGGAGACCAGCGACCUGCACUCGGUGUGCUCCUGCAUGCGCUACAACUCGCACGACUUCUCCCACCGGAACUCGCUGUGCCCCGGUCACUACUUCCACGCCAUCUCCUACAAGAUGGAGGAGAUCUCGCCCAGCACGCUGAAGAACAGCUUCUUCCCCUCGCCCGUCAGCUCGCUGUCGCCGGGCCUCCGCAGCUUGACGGACGACCGGCAGCUGAUGAGGAGGAGGAAGUCCAUCUAGGACAUCAGAAGAUGCUGCUUUGCCAAAUCUCAUUCCAGCACUUUCCCUUUGUUCUCCGCUUCUGCUCCUCAUGGAGAACAUUCCAGCAGGAAGCCAAGCAUGAAGCAUGGAUGUCUAUUUUUCCAAGGGAUUAGCAGAAACUUUGGUCCACACGCGGGAGAAGAUAUUUUUCAUAACUUGAAGAACAGGAGGAUGUUUUCUACAAGCCAUCACCAUCACCAUCAUCACCAUCAUCAUCAUCAUCAUCACGCCAAAACAAAAUGUCUUCUUGUGUCUGCAGUCUGAAAGGAUCAUGCUGCUCCUACUCAGUUCUUCUCCUGGCAAAGCUUCAAUUGCACAACAAUCCAUGUUUCCCCCAACAUGAACCUACUCAGUGGCCUAGUGGUUAGAGUGUCCGCCCUGAGGUGGGUAGGUCGUGAGUUCGAACCCCGGCCGAGUCAUACCAAAGACUAUACAAAUGGGAGCCAUUACCUCCCUGCUUGGCACUCAGCAUCAAGGCUUGGAAUUGGGGGUUAAAUCGCCAAAAGCUGCUGCUCACUGCUCCCCUCACCUCCCAGGGGGUGAUCAAGGGUGAUGGGUCAAAUGCAGAGAAUAAUUUGGCCACACCUAGUGUGUGUGUGUGACAAUCAUUGCUACUUUCCCUUGAACAUUACCAGCAAACAUGUGAAUCUGUUCAUCAAGUCCAGCUUGCGUUAUUUCCUCCCUUCUCAGUUAACAUCAAAUGGCCUUACAAAUAUUUCCAAUUUCUAUCCAUAUUUUAUUUUUCAAUACUCAAACACUAUCCAUAUUCUGACAUAUUUUCAAUAAUUUCGUUUAAAAAAGAUUUCGACAAUCGAUAUUUGAAUGUAUUUGUUCAAAAAACCUUUAAAAAUUAAAAUCUAACCGUUUUUCAUCUUUUUUUUUUAUUACAAAUUCAACUCUACACAUAUUUUUAUUUUUAUAAUUCCAACUGUAUACAUAUUUUAAUGUGUUUUUAUUUAAAAAGUCAACUACAUCAUCCAUACUUUAAUGUAUAUAUUUU